CCUUCUCUCAGAGCAGACACAAGCCCGGAGAGGUUUAAAGCCAAACUUUAUUGUGCCUAACAAGCAUGGAUUCAGUGGAACUGUUUUUCAUUUCACUUGGUGCUGCAGUUGUUGUCUACUAUGGAGUGAAACUGCUGCUUUUCAGUAGGAUGCUUUUUCCGAAACUGUGGUUUCCACUGUCAAAGACAUUUUUCACCUCUAUGGGAGAGUGGGCAGUGGUGACUGGUGCUUCAGAAGGCAUAGGAAGAGCAUACACAUUUGCACUGGCUGAGCAAGGAAUGAGUGUGGUCAUCAUGAGUAGAACCAAAGCAACGCUGGACCAGGUAGCCAAGGAAAUAGGUGAUAAGACAGGACAGAGGGUGAAAGUGAUAGUAACAGACUUCACAAAGGAAAAUGUCUUCAGUGAAAUUGAGGAUCAACUUAAGGAUCUCAACAUCGGGGUUUUAGUCAAUAAUGUAGGCAUACUGCCCAGCUACAUCCCCUGCAAAUUCCUUGAGUCUGCAGAGCUGGAUCAGACAAUUACAAAGGUGAUAAACUGCAAUGUGAAAACUAUGGUCAAGAUGUGCAAAAUAAUCCUUCCAGGCAUGGAGAACAGGGGAAAAGGUGUUAUUGUGAAUAUUUCAUCUGGAGUUGCCUCUAUUCCAUUCCCCCUGUACACCCUAUAUGCUGCAUCUAAGGUGUUUGUGGAAAGAUUUUCUCAAGGUCUUCAAGCUGAAUACAAAGAUAAAGGGAUUAUUAUACAGGCAGUAGCUCCAUUUGGGGUCUCCACUCGGAUGGCAUCUUACCAAAAAACCAACAUAGUGACUCUGUCACCAGAAGACUUUGUAAAAAGCUCCCUGCAGUACCUCAAAGCUGGAGACAAAACAAAUGGCAGUGUCUAUCACAUAAUCAUGGGCUGGUUACUGCAGUCUAUGCCUCUCAAAGUUCUCUAUGCGGAGUCUGUGCUUAACAACCUACAAGACUAUGUCAAGAAGAUAGCAGCGCAGAAGGCAUCUCUCUCUGCAUCAAGUGCAACUCUUCAAAAUGGUAGAAAUAAAUAAACAGGAGGACAAAGCCAAAGUUUGGCUCAAAAUUUCCCUCAUUGUAAACAGAAUUAUAAUAAUCGGACUAGUGUUGACGAAUCUAUCUUUUCUGUUUCUCAUUUAAACAUAGUGAUGAACGGUGUAACUUGUGAAAGUAUGAUCAUCAGGUAAUGUAGGAUGAAACAGUAUUUUAUGUAUGCAGCUUUUGGGCAAACCAGCUUCAGGAAAGCACACUUAUGAAUGAUUUUCAGUGUUUAAUAUUUUGAAAGAUCACUAAGUCUGUUUAUUGUGAAACUUAAAUUUAUUACCCGUCAGAGACAUCAAGCCUUCAAAAGGGCAGAGUUCCACAACAUGUGAAAGUUUCCCGCAGAGUUAACAUUAAUGACCUCUUAUUUUAAUGUGUUGCUUCUUCACCCCUGUGUGUACUUUACAUUGUACCCUGCAUGCAUUUCAUUUAAUGUAUUUCAAUGUAAAUGUCACAUUCUGUAGGAAAUAUGAGUUAUACUGUACUUGUAGUUGCUGAUGAAUUGAUGGUGAAUGCUGAUUUGACUUUUUUUCAUGUUUAGACAGGAAUGUUAAUGAAAUAAACUAUAUAAUG